AUGGCGUCCGAAGGCGAUUCCCCCGCGCGACCCCGCGUCUACUUCGACAUCUCCCUCGGCGGCAAGCCCGUCGGCCGCAUCACCAUGGAGCUGUACGCCGACCUCGUCCCCAAGACGGCCGAGAACUUCCGCGCCCUGUGCACCGGCGAGAAGGGCAUCGGCAAGUCAGGCAAGCCCCUCCACUACAAGGGCUCCAUCUUCCACCGCGUCAUCAAGCAGUUCAUGAUCCAGGGUGGUGACUUUACUGCUGGUGAUGGCACCGGCGGCGAGUCCAUCUACGGCAACAAGUUUGACGACGAGGCCUUUCCCAAGAAGCACGAGCGCCCGUUCCUCCUGUCCAUGGCCAAUGCUGGGCCGAACACCAACGGCUCCCAAUUCUUCAUCACCACCGUCCCCACCCCCCACCUUGACGGCAAGCACGUCGUCUUUGGCGAGGUCCUCAACGGAAAGUCCAUCGUCCGCCAGAUCGAGAACCUCACCACCCAGUCGGGCGACCGCCCCGCCAAGGAGGCCCUGAUUGCCGACUGUGGUGAGCUCAAGGGCGACGCCGCCCUCGCCGCCGACGUCAAGCAGCCCGACGCCCUCGGUGACCCCUAUGAGGACUUCCCCGAGGACUGCACCGACACCCUCGACGCCCCUGCCGUCCUCAAGAUCGCCGCCGCCUGCAAGGACUACGGCAACACCGCAUUCAAGUCCGGCAACUUCUCCCUCGGCCUCGACAAGUACCAGAAAGGCCUGCGCUACAUCAACGAGGAGCCCGAGCUCGACGGCCAGCCCGACUCGCUCAAGGCUGAGCUUGAGGCUCUCCGCUUCUCCCUCAACAACAACUCGGCUCUGCUCAACAUUAAGCUUGAGGCUUGGGACGACGCUGUCCGCGCCGCCUCGUCUGCCCUCGACGUCCGUGGUGUCAAGGACGCUGAUCGCGCCAAGGCUUUCUACCGCCGAGGCUUCUCCUACAUUCGUCUCAAGGACGAGGAGGCUGCCCUGCGCGAUCUGACCCAGGCCAACGAGCUUGCCCCCAACGAUAGUGCCAUCACCAGGGAGCUCAACGCCGUCCGGACCAAGGCCGCUGCUCGUGCUGCGAAGGAGAAGGCCGCCUACAAGAAGUUCUUUACCUAA